AUGCAUAUUUCUAUCCUCAUCUUCUACGCUUCGCUAUUUGCUGUCAUCUCAGCCGCUCCUACUGCAGUAGAUUGCACACAAGCACUCCUCAAAGAAGCCACCGACACCUACCUCGCCGCGCAAAAGAACGGCAAACCUCUCACCGGAGUCACCGAAUACGUCGAAAAUGACAAGACAGCCAUCAUAGCAUCUGGAAUCCAAUCGCAACCACUCAAGAUAGACCAUAACCGAAGCUCCUUUGACACCACAACAUGCGCAACUUACACCGAGGUUGUGGUUGCAGACAAGACCAAGCCAUACGUGAUCGGUACCCAGAUGCAUUUGACAGACGGGAAGAUUACCAGUGUCAGGAGUCUUGUGACCACAACGGGCGAUUGGCUCUUCAACGCCACGGGAACACUGUACUAUACUUCGAGGGAGAAUUGGGGCGUUAUACCUGUUGCAGAUAGAGAUACCCGAGCCGUCAUCCAAGCAGCUGGGGACGCCUACCUGAAUCUAUUCCUUGACAAGAAGACGGUCGUGCCUUGGGGUACCCCGUGUGCUCGCCUCGAAGGAGGAUCGUAUACUGGCAAGGGUCAACCAACCGAUUCCUGCAAUGUGGGCGUGCCGAGUGGCUUGGAUCUCACUAAUCGUCGUUACGUGAUUGAUGAGACGGUGGGUGUUGUUGAUGUGUUCCUGAACUUUGGUGGUAAGACGGGGCUGCCUGAUAGUCAUGAGUUCAGGAUUGAGAAGGGAAAGAUCCGCUUCGUGCAUACUAUUACGGUACAGAGGAAGUAGUGUUUGACAAGGUCGACGUGUUACAAUGCUGCUGAAGAAGAAGAAAUAAAGUUAUCAAUUUUUGGGUUCGAUACAGAGAAUAUCAUUUGUGGCUUCCAAGAGGCUUCAUUGCCUAGCGCAUAAGCACGAACAGUAUGCGUGGCCUCGGCUCAAUGGCUCCAUCUCCUCGAUUUUUCCUUCUUUGAUGCACAGCUUUCUCGGUUGUAUCCAAAAGCUACUUGUUUCCGCAGCAAAAUGUAAGAAGCUGUUAACAUUCGAUCUUCUUCAAACAGCCAGUAUUGUCCAAUAUCAUAAGAAAGUCCUCAAGCCUCUGUGAAUCUGGACCAGCCAAUUUUCCAUUAUGUGGAAAAAGCACUUGGUGGUCAGUGAGCUACAUGCGGCUAAAAGCCAUGCGUUCCUGAUCGGGAAAUACAUCUGAUAUUUUUCCCAUGGUUUAACCGCGUGCACUGAACAAACACUUCGUCAGUCCUGAAUAAUCCUGACCAACCUAUGACCGUUGUCUUCCCGCAUCUCGGAGAGAAUUCCGAAAAAUAUUAUCUGCACGAGCCCUAGCCUAUCCUGCUGUGCCAUGUGGCUACCGCUGUUGUGCGUUAGUAUGUAUGCAAGUGGUUAUAAAUAUGCCGCGGCACGCCUCCUCGGAAACUCUAACCAUCUGACUUCAUCUCACGAUAAGACUUGAUCAGCAAAAGUUAAAAAACAAACAUCAGAAGAAAGUUUCGGUACAAAGAAAGUAACACAUGGAUCCAUAUUGACUCAGGAUCUUCUCAAAACAUAGGACCACUCAUGAUCAGCAGUCUCGCACACUUCUGCUCUCGCGAUAUUGGAGAUGAGCUAGAAAAUUCCCGUUGAUUGCUUCCAAGCUAAAAUAGCCCAUCGGAUUUCCUCCAUCAGAUUCCCAUGCCAAGCUUCAGCCAAGGACACAUGGACAGGUCCGGGAACCUUGAUAAUCAGCGCCUAUCAGAUCUUGAUGGCUGGAGAUCCAUGCAGCACUCUCCCGCAAACUCGCUUCUGCAUCAAAUUCGUCCGAGCGCCAAAUCAAUAGUCCCCUGCAAAAGCCUCCUUCCCGUGCCAUGUCAAAAUCCCAAAGUUAUCUAGUGACCUCGUAUCUGUAUCCGAAGAGGUCCUGAGAUCAGGUACGAAAAUUUAGUCGAGGUGCUAAAAUUACUAGGCGGUUGAUGACCGAGCUUGGCUCAAUGAGGCUGAGACUCCCUUGUGCUAAGGAUCGCCCGGCAAAACUCUCAUUGGAGCCCUGGAAGCUUGUCAAGAGUUCAAACUCGAGGCUCGGGUCGAAGAUUACUUUUUUCGGACCUUUUUGCGGUCAGUGCCCACCAAGAAGGAGACUUAGGGCUUCCUGGGAUUAUGCUCGGAUCUCGGCGGGUUGGUCUGACCACAAAUGAUGUGCACAAGAGGCAACUCAGAAGUCGGGGAGUAGAGAGAGGUUUCUGUAGCGAUGUCGUCGAUGUUGUGGGAGUGAGUAGAAAAGUUAUUGGGCAUGUUUGCAUACACGGCUCUGAGGACACGAGAAGUGUUUAUGUUCUAUAUUCAUCGACAAACAGGCUCCAACGGAGCAAGACCAAUAUGACUUUGGAUGCAGCUGUCCUUUUGUGUUACCAAAGAAAAGCAAAAACAAUACAGCUCAUAGG